AAAAUGGAGGCCCAUAUGGCGACUCGUACUGACUGUCCCUACUCUCUCCUCAACCAUCUCUAUAAAGUUGAGCCGGCCAAAGGAGAAACCGAGGUCCCCCUUUUGUCCUCUUUUGCCCAAAACUCCCCAUCACAGCGGUGCUUACAAGUUACAAGUCUCUCCAUCACUUCUUCCAUAAACUCGGACCAUUCCACGGCCGGUGCUUCAGUUUUUGAUCAUUUAGUGUUUGAAAAUGCUAAAGCUCGCGGCGUUUUUCGAGCUUGUGAUUGUGGUUGUUUGGUUGGGAGUGGCGAGUGUUGAUGGAGUUUUUGUGAAGUACCAGACCGGGAGUGCUGUUGUGGAAGGGAAGUUGAAUGUUCAUUUGGUUGCGCAUUCCCAUGAUGACGUUGGUUGGUUGAAGACUGUUGAUCAGUACUAUGUUGGAUCAAAUAACAGCAUUCAGGGUGCUUGUGUUGAGAAUACGUUGGAUUCUGUCGUUGAAUCGUUGGUUCGUGAUCCGAAUAGGAAGUUUGUGUUUGCUGAGAUGGCAUUUUUCCAAAGAUGGUGGUUUACACAAAGUGUGGAAGUUCAAGAACGAGUGCGGAAACUAGUAGAUGCUGGCCAGUUAGAGUUUGUAAAUGGAGGUUGGUGCAUGCAUGAUGAGGCUGCAGUCCAUUACAUAGACAUGAUUGACCAAACAACUCUAGGCCACCUUGCUAUAAAGCAGCAGUUCAACAAGACACCUCGAGCGGGGUGGCAAAUUGAUCCGUUCGGACACUCUGCUGUGCAGGGUUACUUACUUGGAGCUGAGCUUGGAUUCGAUUCUGUACAUUUUGCAAGGAUUGAUUAUCAGGACAGAGCACAGCGUAAGGGAGAUAAGUCUCUUGAAGUUAUAUGGCGUGGAUCCAAAACUUUUGGUUCUUCAUCUCAGAUUUUUGCCAAUGCCUUUCCUCGUCACUAUAGUCCGCCAGAUGGUUUCCAUUUUGAAGUUUUUGAUGACUUUGUCCCUGUGCAGGAUAAUCCGCUUAUUUUUGACUACAAUGUUGAACUGCGCGUUAAUGAUUUUAUUACUGCUGCAAUCAUCCAAGCAAAUGUGACUAGGGGAAAUCACAUGAUGUGGACAAUGGGAGAUGAUUUCCAGUACCAAUAUGCUGAAUCUUGGUUCAAACAAAUGGAUAAGUUAAUUCACUAUGUUAAUAAGGAUGGCCGAGUUAAUGCCUUAUAUUCUACACCGUCUCUCUACACUGAUGCUAAAAAUGCAGCAAAUCAAUCAUGGCCAUUAAAAACUGAGGAUUAUUUUCCGUAUGCAGAUAUAAUAAAUGCUUAUUGGACCGGUUAUUUUACUAGUCGCCCAGGUUUGAAAAGAUAUAUUCGAUCACUAAGCGGAUAUUAUUUGGCAGCAAGAGAACUAGAAUUUCUGGUUGGAAAGAGAGCAAAUGGUUCAAGUACCUAUUCCCUUGGAGAUGCUUUAGGAAUUGCACAGCACCACGAUGCUGCCACUGGCACUGCUAAACAACAUACAACAAAUGACUAUGUAAAGCGCCUGUCAAUUGGUGUCACUGAGGCAGAAGCUGUUGUCAGUUCUGCUCUGUCGUGCCUAACUACAAAUAAAUCUGGAGAUCAAUGUAAAGACCCUGCAGUUACUUUUAGCCAGUGUCGACUACUCAAUAUCAGUUUCUGCCCUCCAACGGAGGAAGAUAUUCCAGAAGGGAAGAGCUUGGUUGUUGUGGCAUAUAAUCCUCUUGGAUGGAAUCGCACUGAGAUUGUUAGGAUACCUGUUAAUUAUGAUGAUCUUGUUGUUCAAGAUUCCUCCGGAAACAUCCUCGAGACACAAUAUGUGAGUGUGGAUAAUGUUACAAGCAAUCUAAGAACAUUUUAUACAGAAGCCUACUUGGGACAGUCAUCAAAACAAAUUCCCAAGUACUGGCUAAUCUUUCAAGCCUCUGUGUCACCACUUGGUUGGGACACAUACUUCAUCUCUAGAGGAGCUACCAAAGGGAAAAGAAGAGUUGGACUUCUCUCUGUGAAGGACAGUCCACAGAAUGAGACCAUUGAAAUUGGACCAGGAGAUCUGAAGAUGUCCUUAUCUUCUGCUUCUGGACAACUCAAGCGGAUGUAUAAUUCUAAAACAGGAGUUGAUGUACCAAUACAGCAGAGCUACCUCUGGUAUGGUUCAAGCACCGAUGGCCAGGCUUCAGGUGCAUAUAUAUUCCGGCCUAAUGGUGCCCCUCCAACUAUUGUGUCAAGAUCUGUACCCUUGAAGGUCUUUCGUGGACCAUUAUUCGAUGAGGUUCACCAAGAAUUCAGUUCAUGGAUCUAUCAGGUCAUUAGAGUUUACAGAGACAAAGAGCAUGCCGAAGUUGAAUAUACUAUUGGUCCAAUUCCUACAGACGACGGUGUUGGUAAAGAGGUCAUCACACGAAUGACAGCAAACAUGGAGACUAACAAGAUGUUUUACACCGAUUCCAAUGGGAGGGAUUUCAUUAAAAGGGUACGAGAUUAUAGAGCAGACUGGAACCUUUCAGUUAAUCAACCUGUUGCAGGAAACUACUAUCCACUAAACCUUGGGAUCUUUACUUCGGAUAACAAAUCUGAGUUCUCAGUCUUGGUUGAUCGUGCCACUGGAGGAUCCAGCAUUCAAGACGGACAAGUAGAGAUGAUGCUACAUAGGCGUCUACUGGUCGAUGAUGGUAGAGGGGUGGGUGAAGCCCUUGAUGAAACAGUGUGCAUCAAGAAUAAUACAUGUCAAGGACUAACGGUUCGAGGAAACUAUUAUAUGAGCAUAAACCAGUUCGGGGAUGGUGCCCAAUGGCGUCGGACAACUGGACAAGAAGUUUACUCGCCACUUCUUCUAGCUUUCACCCAUGAGAACUUGGAGAAUUGGACUGCAUCUCAUUUAACAAAAGGGUCUGUCAUGGAUUCAAGUUACAGCUUGCCUCCCAAUGUUGCUUUGAUUACUCUUCAGGAGUUGGAUGGUGGAAGUGUACUUCUCCGUCUAGCACAUCUAUAUGAGGCUGCUGAAGCUCCUCAAUAUUCUACAUUGGCAAAAGUUGAACUGAAGAAGAUGCUAACAGGAAAAACGAUAAAGCAGUUGAAAGAAGUGAGCUUGUCAGCAAACCAAGAGAAGUCAGCGAUGAAGAAGAUGACGUGGAAAGUCGAGGGUUCCACAGGAGAAGAACCUACACCAGUAAGAGGCGGCCCUGUCGAUAGUUCAACUCUUGUUGUUGAGCUUGGACCCAUGGAGAUACGUACUUUCUUAUUGAAAUUUUAGGCAGUCUAUUUUGCAUCUUGUUAUAUUCAACACGAUAAAGCACCAAUGAUUCCAUAAGUUUGUCAUAUAUUGAGGCCAACAUAUUGAGUUGA